AAGCCCAAGGGAAAAAAUGCUGUUCGCUGGGACCACUAACAAGUAGUAUGCCCCCGUUUAGCUGUAUGCUGGAUUAGACAAGCACAAAAAAUUAGGAAGGAUAGGCAGAGUGUAAACAGAACUGCUAGAGUAAACAGAAAUGAGAAACUCUAGAAAUGAGAAACUCUCUUGUACAUUUCUCGGGGUUGUCUGUUACGUAUCCCCAUGACCAGUAAUUGCCACAGGGGGGGGUUCAUUAGCAGCAUAUCAGUGGUCAAAUGUGCUUUUUUGGUUCGGUGGUGGCGAUUCUAUAGUCGUAUUACAAUACUCUUAUGGACGUUUGUGUCCUAUUUCUGUACUCGAAAGCCACACCAACAUUUAAUGAGCCACGUUUAUACGGAUGAUAUGCAACAGUUGUCGUCGAGACUUUCGUCCUUCCAGGGACUUUCCAUAUUCAGGUGUUCUUUGCAAUUCGGGGCAAAGACCCAGCUUGCAACUUUAAUGUGCACUGAGCACACCGCGGAGUGCCCUGUCUGCGGGAAACAAUAUCUCGUCUAUGUCGAAUUCUGCAAAGACUAUCAUCCUCCAUUGUUACGGUGCCCUAGGGGAAUAGCUGAAGAGAGCGAAGAUAUGCAAGAAGGAAGAUGUCCCAGUCCAGUUUGUCCUUACAGUCGCACCGGCGGUUGCAGUGUCAGUUAACACAGGGUAUGCGCAUCUUCGACAAGCCGGUAUUUCCAAUGAUGGUGCGUCAACGGAGGUUACAGGAAGCUUAGUGUCCUCUAAAGCACGGAUCACCGCAGGAAAGGGCUCGCGAACCUCGCCCGAGAAGCUGAACCCUUGCUCAUAGAUGAGUCUAGUAUAUUCAAAGUACGACCAUAAUUACUUACCGAAAACGGCAUCCACAAUAUGAUCCGUCGAUUUAAUAGCCGCUAGGAAAUCUUCCACG